AUCGACACCGUCACCAUCCCCUCAGGCAAUGCGGAUGCGAGAAAGACGCGUUGACAUGAGCAACAAGAUACCCACCACACGUCCUAUACCCCCCGAUGUGCGCAUCUCCCCUUCUCCGCGAUCGUGAUCCGUCGCUGACCACCUCGUGCGCAGAUGAUAAUCUGACGACCUAGUGAUGACGGAAGGAUAGUGUCUGGGUUGUUCGCCGUGCUCGUUGUCAGUCAUGGGGGCAGCUGCUGGAUUGUAUAUCAUUAGUAUGCAAAUGGUUACUCUAGGAUAACCGCAAAUAGGUUAAUCGCCGUUUCGGAGGGACUCUGAUUCGUUCUCACACUUGUACUUGUGCCUCUGCUCGCUACUCAAAUCGCUCGUUUCGAAAUUUAUUCACCCUGCUCAGUGUUUACUUGUCAUCGUGUGUGAUGCCCAACAAGCAUGAACGAACUCGGCGCCAGACACACCGUUCACCUCCACCACUACCGCCCGACAGCGUCUACACCAGCUGCUACUGUGAAGAGAACAUCUAUCUACUUGCACAAGCAUUCGCUGCGCAGGCGGAAGCAGACUCUGGCUGGUCCUGGGACGCUUACGUGGUGUUCAUUUCGAACGACGGGAAGACGGUGGCACUGUGGAAUUCGAAGGCCGACAGGGACGUGGUCGUGUGGGACUACCAUGUUGUUCUCGUCCUCCGAUCACGAGAGCGCUCCGCGGACGACGAGACACACGAGGAGGCUCCAGACAUCGAUGGCGCAGCAGAUAAUAUGCUGAAUAGCGAAGGUUCCGGAGCAUGGGUGUAUGACUUUGACACUCGUCUCCCUAACCCCUGCAGGUGGGCAGAAUACGUAUGCAGCACGUUUCCAUACGCGUUCGACGCGCGACUGGCCCCGCGCGUCGCCAAGGGCUUCCAUCCGCUCUUCCGGGUCGUUCCCGCCACAGCGUACCUCGACUACUUCGCGUCUGACCGCUCGCACAUGCUGAAGCACUUGGCCGACGGAUCAGAGCCGGAGUAUUACUCCGCGCCCCCGUCCUACCCUGCCCUGUGCGGGCCCAAGGCGAGAGAGAUGGGCGUCAUUAACAACCUGAUGCAGUCAUACGUCACGAUGGCUCGUGGGGCGAGUGGGCCGACUUCUCCCGACUCGUUUGGCGUGGUCAUGGACCUCCGCGAGCUGCUGCACUGGGGAACGUGAGGACCAUAUCCGAGUCCGCGCUUGACGGAAUGCACCACGGUUGACAGUCCGCUGAAUGUGUGGCGAAUUAGUUGGCCAAGACUGCCCUGGCCAACAUGAAUGGAAUGCAUUGUUUCGGGAGAACCGUGGCGGUUAUUCGCUAGAAGGUCGUCAUAUCUCGCAGUCCAAAAUUAUCCUCCCCUGAAAGGCGGUCG